GCAAAAACUUCAAACAAUUCUUUUUUAUUCUUAAUACUACAUAGUAGUAGGAAAGAACUUAUUAGACUAACAAAAAUUUCUUCCAAACUAAGAACUCGCAAUCUUGAAAAUCCGGCGCCGGCGUUACUUUCUCCGGCGAACUGGGGCCUUCCUUUCUCAUGGAAUCAACUCUCGUACAAACCCAACCACUUCAAUUCGUUCACUCAAUGACUUCAAAAUUCAUCCCCACAAUUCGAUUUACUGCUUCCUCCUCUGUAGCAUUCAAGAGGCUCUUCUCUGCUUCAGUUUCAUCUUCAGCAGCCAUUACCACAAACGCCCCUGUCAUAGAAGAGCAAAACCCAUCUCCUGAACCAACUAUUUCCAGUAGAAAUGGAGCUCCAAAAGUGGCCAGGGGUAGUAAGGGAAUUUUGGAAGCUCAGCUGAAAAUGGACUGGUUGGAGUCUCUGUCUUGCCCUUUUCAAUAUACUAAGGAUUUGAAUAAUGCAGGUUGGGUUAUUGGGGUUGACCCAGAUACUUCUGGUGCCUUGGCUCUCUUGAAACCAAAUCAACCUCCUCAAGUGUUUGAUUCUCCUCACUUGAAAGUACUAGUUGGCAAAGGGGUGCGGAAGCGGUUAGAUGCAAAAGCUAUUGUUCAGUUGCUUAAAAGUUUUGAAGCCCCUAUAGGAACAACUGUGUAUGUUGAACAAUCAACUCCGUAUCCACAAGAUGGUAAGCAGGGAUGGUGGAGUGGAGGAUUCGGCUAUGGCAUGUGGAUCGGGAUCUUAAUUGCUUCGGGAUUCUCCGUCAUUCCAGUGCCAUCAAGUGCAUGGAAGAGUGAGUUUCAACUUACAAAAGAACGCUCAAAGAAGGAUUACAGCAGGGAAGUUGCAUCUGAAUUGUUUCCCUCUUUGAGUUCUCUAUUGAAAAGGAAGAAAGAUCAUGGUCGAGCUGAGGCUCUUCUCAUUGCUGCUUAUGGCAAAGGCAUAAAGAUAAAUUCUGAUUCUUUUUCGGUGGUGGAAAAUUAGCAACGCUUUGUUGUUGCUGGAUAUCUGCCUUAGGUGUACAUAUUUCCCUUGGAAGAUUUAUGCAGUAAAAGAGAAACAAUUAAUCGAUGAGGCUUUUCAAUCACUCGAAUUUUUCUGACUGACUCCAUGAGAUCUCAAUGUAAGCAUUGAAUGGAGGAAUAUGGUCAGUAAAGAUUUAUGGCCGACUCCAAUUUAUUUGGGACGGAGGUAUAGUUGUUGUCGCGAAUGUUCGCGACAACUCAUCCUUUCUGUGUUAACUUAGUUGUCAGUUCUGUUGUAAUGUUGUAUCUUAAUUUAGAUUUGCAGGAUUAGUGUAGAUUCCUCAUUUUUUCACUUUCUGGGGAAGGAAAUUAGAAACCUUUAUUUCCUUGGUCUAUAUUUUUGUGUUGAAUGCACGUUUAGCAUGAAAUGUUGUCAUGCACUACUUAUUUUGGUUUCACCAUGA